AAAAAAAAAAAAAAAGAUCCCAAAACAACGCGCUCUUUUACUUUAUUGUUUUAUGAGAAAAGUACCGCAAUAACAUGGAUAUACUUUUGGCCAACGUAAACAGCCUGCAGUUCAAGGCAGAGCGCGAUCUCAUCGAACAGGUGGGAGCCAUACCACUGCCGUUCUAUGGCAUGGACAAGUCCAUUGCCGCCGUCUGCAAUUUCAUCACAAAAAAUGGCCAGGAAUGCGACAAAGGCAGCGCCUGCCCUUUCCGGCACAUUCGCGGCGAUCGCACCAUCGUCUGCAAGCACUGGCUGCGUGGCUUGUGUAAAAAGGGCGACCAGUGCGAAUUUCUGCACGAGUACGACAUGACGAAAAUGCCAGAGUGUUAUUUCUAUUCACGCUUCAAUGCCUGCCACAACAAAGAGUGCCCGUUCCUGCACAUCGAUCCACAGAGCAAGGUAAAGGACUGUCCAUGGUACAAGCGUGGUUUUUGCCGACAUGGGCCGCACUGUCGACAUCAGCAUCUGCGACGUGUGCUAUGUAUGAACUACUUGGCCGGCUUCUGUCCUGAGGGACCCAACUGCAAACACAUGCAUCCACGAUUCGAGCUGCCGCCCCUCGCCGAUCUCAGCAAGGAUCAGACGCACAAAAAACUACCCACGUGCCACUACUGCGGCGAGCUCGGCCACAAAGCGAACUCGUGCAAACAGUAUGUGGGCAGCCUGGAGCAUCGCAAUAACAUCAAUGCCAUGGACCACAGUGGGGAGAAUAAUGAUGAUGGUGCUCCGAAUCAUCCGCCGCCGCCAUUUAUCAAAGUGCCCACACCUCUAGAGGAGAUCACCUGCUACAAAUGUGGACACAAGGGCCACUAUGCCAACAAGUGCCCCAAGGGUCAUCUGGCCUUCCUAUCGAAUCAACAUAGUCAUAAAUAGUUGUAAGCCCUGCAUACCCUUUUGUACAUCUAAGAAAUCAGUUAAUAGUACAGAUUAAAUCUUCCGUCAAACCAUCA